GGAGACAUUCCUGACUGUCCUGCGUGGCGCUCUCCAUAUUAUUACAAAUGAACUUAAUGGUAGCAAGGAAAGCAGAAAUCGUGGGGAGGAUUUACUUCAUCUCUGGUCGCUGCCCAGAUAAGUAUUUACCUAAUUCCAAGUAACUCUGUCUGCUGUAUGCUGCGAAUAUAGUCAUAAGCAAGACUGGGUCUUCGUGAAGUUCUCUUGUAAGGAAGACCACAACAAAGAUUUCAAAGUCAAUUAUGAAGGAAAUUAAGUGAUGACAGAGGCUGUGGAGAAGUCCUAUUUUAACAAAGUGAUCAAGGAGCCCACUCUGAAGAUGUGUCACUUGAGCUAAGAAGUGAAGAGAUGCAAUGGCUCAUCUUGAUUCUGAGGUGAAAGAAGAAUGUCUGAGAGAAGACCUGAGGUUUUACUUCAUGAACCCUUGUGAAAAAUUCCGAGCCAGACAACAGAUUCCGUGGAAAAUGGGUUUGCAGAUUUUGAAGAUAGUCAUGGUCACCACACAGCUUGUUCGUUUUGGUUUAAGUAACCAGCUGGUCGUUGCUUUCAAAGAAGAAAACACUGCUGCUUUUAAGCACCUGUUUUUGAAAGGAUAUUCUGGUUCAGAUGAAGAUGAUUACAGCUGCAGUGUGUAUACCCAAGAGGACACAUAUGACAGCAUCUUUUUUGCUAUUAAUCAGUUUCAUCGGCUAAGGAACUUAUCUCUGGGGACCCUUGGUUAUGGAGAAAGCGAAGACAACAGGAUUGCUUUAAAAGUCUGUAAGCAGCAUUACAAGAAAGGGACCAUGUUUCCUUCUAAUGAGACACUGAAUAUUGACAGCGACAUUGAAAUAGACUGCAUUCACCUAGACCUUGAGGCCCUCUCCAAGGACACUCAGGACUGGAAGAAUUCAUCAUUCUUCAGGAUGGAAUUUUAUCGGCUCUUGCAAGUUGACAUCUCCUUUCAACUCAAAGGCAUUGACCUGCAGACGAUUCAUUCCCGAGAGCUUCCAGACUGUUACGUCUUUCAGAAUAUGAUUGUCUUUGACAAUAAAGCUCACAGUGGCAAAAUCAAAAUCUAUUUUAACAGUGAUGCCAAAAUCGAGGAAUGUAAAGACUUGAAAAUCUCUGGAUCUAUUCAGAAAAACACUCAGUAUGUCCUGGUGUUUGAUGCAUUUGUCAUUGUGAUUUGCUUGGCAUCUCUUAUCCUGUGCACAAGAUCCAUUGUUCUUGCGCUGAGGUUACGAAAGAGAUUCCUAAAGUUCUUCCUGGAGAAGUACAAGCGACACGUGUGUAAUGCCGACCAGAGGGAGUUUAUCAACCAAUGGUAUAUCCUGGUGAUUAUCAGCGACCUCCUGACAAUAAGUGGGUCCGUGUUAAAAAUGGAAAUUAAAGCCAAGAAUCUCACAAACUACAAUCUGUGCAGCAUUUUGCUUGGAACGUCUACGCUCUUUGUCUGGGUUGGCGUCAUCCGAUACUUGGGUUACUUCCAAGCCUAUAAUGUGCUCAUUUUAACAAUGCAAGCCUCGUUGCCAAAAGUUCUUCGCUUCUGCGCGUGUGCUGGUAUGAUCUAUCUGGGUUACACCUUCUGUGGCUGGAUUGUCUUAGGACCAUAUCACAACAAGUUUGAAAAUCUGAACACGGUUGCUGAGUGUCUGUUUUCUCUGGUCAACGGUGAUGACAUGUAUGCCACCUUUGCUCACAUCCAGCAGAAGAGCCAGUUGGUGUGGCUGUUCAGUCGCCUGUAUUUAUAUUCCUUCAUCAGCCUUUUCAUAUACAUGAUUCUCAGCCUUUUCAUUGCACUUAUUACAGACUCUUAUGACACCAUUAAGAAAUACCAACAGAAUGGGUUUCCUGCCACGGAUCUUCAGGAAUUCCUGAAGGAGUGUAGUAGCAAAGAGAAGUGUCAGGAAGAGUCACCAGCUUUCCUGUCCAGCAUCUGCUGUCUGAGGAGGAAUAGAAGUGAUGACCACUUGAUACUUAUUAACUAAAAUCCUCCUGCUGACGAUGAUCAAGUUUCAGGUCUCCAUAUUGAAUGACAAUGUAGAGGGGUCCCAAAUGGCUUGGACCAGCGCUUCCAAAAACACCAAUUGUGGAUGGGGAAAGAGGACUGUCAGCUGGCUGAAUAGAACUGAAGUUCCAAAGUUCCUUUUUAUAAAUUUGAAUGAUGAAGAACAGACCACAGUCACCUCCUGGGCAUUAGUGUCAUAGUGCAGUGACAGUGAAAUUCUGUCUUGGUCUUUUAAAUUAUGAUGUCAUAUUUCAGAGUGGGUAAAACAAUGGUAUUUAAAGCCAUGUAUUUAAAGAUGUGAGUUUAUCAUCAAAUACAGGUUUGUCUUAAAGUGAUUCUUGGGUGAGAAGACAUUAAUUAAUCCAUGGUCUGCACAAAACAGAAACUGGUUGCACUACUAACUUAGAAACUCAACGCUGGAGAACUAUUAAGCCAUGUAAUACACUUAAAUCAACAAAACGACCUCUUGCAGUGGACAUCUCUUGGCCUGUUUUCCUAUGGUCUUCUCAGGAUGAUCUGAAGAAACUGUUGGUAAAGUCAGUGGGAAGAAUUGGAAACAAAGUUGUUUGGACACCUUGUCACUUGUGCUCCUUGUUGAUUGUAUACCCGGGACAUGUGGACAUUAUACUAUAGCUGUGGCCACUCAUUUCAACACCUGAACUCCACUGUGGUGGGGAUUUACCCUUGUCAAGCAAGGAAGGUGGUAUUUUUUUUCCAAAAUAAAUUAAAUUUAUUUUUAUCAUAA